UGUAAAAUAGUGACACUCCCUCUUAAAAUAGUUGUUUUUUUUUACAUUUUUAUAUGAUUUCAUAGUAAAUAAAUUACUGCUAUCGUAUUUAAAACCCUUACGUUUGAUAUAUUCGUCCAAUAAAGGCAACAUAUCUAAUUGUGAUAUUAUUUUCUUUUUGAAAUAACUUGACAUAACCUAUUACGUGUUCCGAGUUUUUGGAAAUCAAAGGAAAAUUUAACAAACAAUUACUAUUGUCCUAAAAUGGCUCUAGUCGAAGAGAGAAAAGACUCAUCAGGAAGAAAUGCAGAUGUGGUUUAUUGCACGUUUUGCCCAUCCAAGAUUCUCAAUUCUGGAGCUGCUGCGUUUGUAAAUAUUGAGUUUGUUCUACCCGAAAUCAUGUGCAAGAAAGGCGGCGAAGCAGACAAACGGGAACCUAUUUCAGACUACUGGAUGGUUGAAGACAUUAAUUGCUUCGAGAACAUCGGUGUCUCACACACGGUAGACAAUGUUAAAUACUUGGCUUGCGCAGAUUGCGAAAGAGGUCCAGUCGGCUGGCACGACGUUUCUACAUGUAAAUCAUACAUUGCUCUUUCUCGUGUCAAACACGAGAAGCCGAGCUCACAGAAAAAAUGAUAAAUACUUAGCAAUGCAGUCAGAUGCAUCUCUGUGUAAAAAAGACUUAUGAAAAAUCUUCUUUAAUUUGAUCUUCCUUUAUGUCUUCGCUUAGUAAAAUUGUCUCUUAGAGGUCUGCUCUAUGUUUGCUCGAAAUUUCCAUGAAAGUUUGAACAGGCUUGCAACAUUGGAUUUUUUUAAAUAGAAAAAAAUGUAUCUGCACAUAAAAUAGGCUUGAUUUCCUUCGAUUAUCACAGACCCACAGAAAAAAGUAGGAUGUCGGACGGAGCAGACUUGUCAAUUUUUACGUAUUUUAAAUCGCAGAAUCCGAAAAGAUGUGUUAUAAAUAUUAGACCAGCAGAUUUCCCGUAUUUCAAAAUUAUCGCGUUUUGUAAUUUUUGAAAGUUUUCGACUAGAUACUUAUCAAUAAUAUAUUUAUCGUCUUUAAAGGGUCUAUCAUUUUAAUUCAAAAUUAUGACU